CGCGAUCAAUCUCUGCCUCGCUGCGCUGCGCUUCGCUUCGCUUCGCUUCGGCCGUCGAGGAUCGGAAUCCGUCAUGCCCAGGCUCAGCUCGACGGUGGUCAGGCUGUGCUUCGCGGCGGCCCUGGCGCCGAUCCUGCUCGGCCUAGCUCUCGAGCGCGCCUGCGAUUUCCGCUUCCAUCGCGUGCGAGUCUUUGUGUCUUCAGAAUCGUGGUCGUGGUCGUUGUCGUUGACGGUGUGCGUGGGGUUUUGUGGCCUGUUCACCAGCUUGCUGCACUUUAUGCUUCCUAGAAAGCGAGCGGGCGAAGGCGAAGGCGAAGGCGAAGGCGAAGGCGAAGGCGAAGGAGCGGUCGUCGGAGGCGGAGGAGCGGAGGGAGUCGACAGCAGCGGCGGCGGCGGCGGCGCUCCGUCCUCGGGCGUCUCCAUCCUCAAGAAGAGCCGCUUCGGACCUCCCGACCUGACGGCGGCGGAGAACAGCAAGAGCAACGUCAACGGCGUUAGCGGCGGCGGCGGCGGCAGCGAGCGAGCGAGCAGCAGCAGCAACACCAGCAGGGAGGCGCCGAUCAUGGCUUUGGGGGACUCGAUGCCGACGGACAUCGACGAGGAUCUGCACAGCCGGCAGCUCGCGGUGUACGGACGCGAGACUAUGCGGCGGCUCUUCGCUUCCAAUGUCCUGGUCUCAGGGAUGCAAGGCCUUGGCGUCGAGAUUGCAAAGAAUCUUGUUCUUGCUGGUGUCAAGUCAGUGACCUUACAUGAUGAAGGUGUGGUGGAACUGUGGGAUUUGUCAGGCAAUUUUCUCUUUUCAGAAGCUGAUGUUGGUAAAAACAGGGCACUUGCCUCAGUACAGAAACUGCAAGAGCUCAAUAACGCAGUGGUUGUCACUACUCUUACAACAAAACUGACAAAAGAGCGUCUUUCUGACUUCCAGGUUGUUGUAUUUACAGAUAUUGAUCUUCAGAAAGCCAUCGAGUUCGAUGAUUAUUGCCAUACUCAUCAACCUCCUAUCUCUUUCAUAAAAGCUGAAGUUAGAGGCCUUUUUGGCUCUGUUUUCUGUGAUUUUGGACCAGAGUUCACAGUCUUUGAUGUCGACGGAGAGGAACCCCAUACAGGCAUAAUUGCAUCCAUCAGCAAUGACAAUCCUGCCCUAGUGUCAUGUGUAGAUGAUGAAAGGCUUGAAUUUCAAGAUGGCGACGUUGUUGUAUUCUCUGAAGUUCAUGGGAUGACUGAAUUGAAUGAUGGAAAGCCAAGGAAGAUCAAGAGUGCCAGGCCUUAUUCUUUUAUUCUCGAGGAAGAUACCACGAAUUAUGGAGCUUAUGAGAAAGGUGGCAUAGUAACCCAAGUGAAACUGCCUAAAGUACUGAAGUUUAAGCCCCUUAAAGAAGCUAUAAAAGAUCCCGGUGAUUUUCUUUUGAGUGACUUUUCCAAGUUUGAUCGUCCUCCUCUCCUCCAUUUGGCAUUUCUAGCUCUUGAUAAGUUUGUGUCAGAGUUUGGGCGUUACCCUGUCGCUGGCUCAGAAGAGGAUGCUCAGAGGCUUGUAACUGUUGCCAGCAGUAUAAAUGAGAGCUUGGGAGAUGGGAAAUUGGAAGAUAUCAAUCCAAAACUUCUGCAGCACUUUGCUUUUGGUUCUAGGGCAGUUUUAAAUCCAAUGGCUGCCAUGUUUGGGGGAAUUGUGGGUCAGGAGGUUGUAAAGGCAUGCUCAGGGAAGUUCCAGCCACUCGUUCAGUUUUUCUACUUUGAUUCGGUGGAAUCAUUGCCAACGGAACCACUGGAUCUUGAUGAUCUUCAACCUCGGAAUAGCCGAUAUGAUGCACAGGUUUCCGUGUUUGGGUCCAAGCUGCAAAAGAAAAUGGCAGAUGCUAAAGUUUUUCUAGUAGGAUCUGGUGCGUUGGGUUGUGAAUUCCUAAAGAAUAUUGCCCUCAUGGGCGUUUCAUGUGGCAAGCAUGGGAAGCUGACCGUCACCGAUGAUGAUGUAAUUGAGAAGAGCAAUCUCAGCAGACAGUUCCUGUUUCGUGAUUGGAAUAUUGGGCAGGCCAAAUCUACUGUUGCUGUCUCAGCUGCAACAUCAAUAAAUCCUCGCCUUAAUGUUGAAGCUCUGCAGAAUCGUGUUGGGCCAGAAACAGAGAAUGUUUUUGAUGACACUUUCUGGGAAAAUCUGAGUGUUGUGAUCAAUGCACUAGACAAUGUCAAUGCUAGGCUUUAUGUUGAUCAAAGGUGCUUAUAUUUCCAGAAACCACUUCUCGAGUCAGGAACGCUUGGUGCCAAAUGCAACACUCAAAUGGUUAUUCCUCAUCUCACUGAAAAUUAUGGUGCCUCAAGAGACCCUCCAGAGAAACAAGCACCAAUGUGCACUGUGCACUCUUUUCCACAUAAUAUUGACCAUUGUCUGACCUGGGCUCGAUCCGAGUUUGAGGGUUUGCUUGAGAAGACUCCAGCUGAAGUGAAUGCUUAUUUGGUUAACCCAGUGGAGUAUAAAAAGGCAAUGAUCAAUGCUGGUGAUGCACAGGCGAGGGACACUUUGGAACAUGUACUUGAGUGCCUUGACAAGGAAAGAUGCAAGACAUUUGAAGAGUGCAUCUCCUGGGCUCGUCUGAAGUUUGAAGAUUAUUUCACUAAUCGCGUGAAGCAGUUGAUAUAUACAUUUCCUGAAAAUGCUUUAACCAGCACUGGAGCUCCUUUCUGGUCUGCACCUAAGCGUUUCCCUCGUCCACUUGAGUUCUCGGUCUCUGAUCCUGGGCACCUUCAUUUUGUUAUGGCGGCAUCGAUACUGAGAGCAGAGACCUUUGGGAUCCGAGUUCCUGACUGGGCUAAAAACCCUAAGAAAGCGGCUGAAGCUGUUGAUGAAGUGAUAGUUCCGGGCUUUCAGCCAAAGGAAAAUGCAAAUAUCGUGACAGAUGAGAAGGCGACCAGUGUCUCUGUGGCAUCUAUUGACGACGCGGCGGUUAUUAAUGACCUUAUUACGAGAUUAGAGCGCUGCCGCACGAACCUUCCUCCAGGUUUUAGAAUGAAACCCAUACAGUUUGAGAAGGAUGAUGAUACAAACUAUCACAUGGACCUGAUAGCGGCAUUAGCCAACAUGAGGGCUAGGAACUACAGCAUUCCAGAAGUGGACAAGCUUAAAGCAAAGUUUAUUGCUGGACGAAUCAUCCCAGCCAUCGCAACUGCGACUGCAAUGGCCACUGGACUUGUCUGUCUGGAGCUGUACAAGGUUCUCGAUGGAGGGCACAAGUUGGAGGACUACCGCAACACUUUUGCUAACUUGGCACUUCCACUAUUCUCCAUGGCUGAGCCGGUCCCACCCAAAGCCGUGAAACACCGUGAUAUGACCUGGACUGUUUGGGAUAGGUGGAUCGUCGAGAACAACCCGACUUUGAGGGAGCUUAUGCAGUGGCUUGAAGAUAGGGGCCUUAGUGCCUAUAGCAUUUCUUGCGGAAGUUGCUUGCUGUACAAUAGUAUGUUCCCUAGGCACCAGGAGCGAAUGGACAGGAAAGUUGCGGAUCUGGCUAAAGAAGUAGCAAAGUUGGAAGUCCCUCCGUACCGUCGCCAUGUGGAUGUCGUAGUGGCGUGUGAGGACGACGGGGGCAAUGACAUUGAUAUCCCUCAAAUAUCGAUUUACUUCCGUUAGGCUUUGUUCUAUCCUCAUCAUGUCUUAGGGCGGUCCGAGGGCGGCUUUGACUUGAUUUAAAAAUUUUUCUGGUCGAGUAUACGGGGUGUUCCCCAAAAUAUUUUAGGGUAUGACAAGAGUAAGUCACAUACAUUUAAUACUGAUAUGAACCAUUUGAGCACAA